AUGCUGUUCGUUUCUCUUUUUUCCCCCCUCUGCAGGAGUUGCCAAUCCAAAGGCCUGGCUUAGGAGUGAUCCCGAGCCAACCGUACCAUCAAGAUCAAGAUCAAGAUCGAGCGUAGGCAGAUAUGAUUUAAUAGACGAGUAGACCAGGGGCCAACAUCAAGGUCAUCACGAGACAGUGAAGGAGCACCUCAGGGUGAUGGAGCUGGUGAUGAUCCAGGAAGGAGGAAAUGGUUUGGAGGAGAUAGGAGGAAAGGAGACAGUCUGGUGGAUGGAGGAAGGUAUGCCUGUUGUCACCUAAGUUGGCAAUACCCCCCAAUUAGCCCCCACCCACACCUUUCUGUGAUUGACAGGUAGCAAAGAGACCAGAGCGGAAUAUUGAAGAGAAAGAGGACCUAAAAAGAGAUUAAAAGCAGAAGAGGUCACAAGAAGAAAAGAAGGCACACUGUUGACAAAUUGAGACAUACAAGACAGAACCAGGCAAUCUCUUUAGGUAUCCUCAAUGGAGCCACAAAGUAAAAAAACAAAAAAAAAGUUCGGUUCUCAUAUGCACUUCAAGCACAAGCAAAGGGCAUCAUUUGGCAGCCAGCAAGCAGGUCAUGGGCGAGCACUACUGCAGAAGAAGGCUGUGGUGAGGCAACAUCUCCGUCUCAAGAACAAGACACAAGCCAGAGAGAAGAAAAAACUUAAGUAUAUGCAAAGCAGCUGUGAAGGAGGCCACACUGAAGAGCAGCAGAACAACCUUGCUGACACCACCCAAGAAGACUCUCCUUUCUCUUCUUCCUCCCGGAAGAACAGACCAAACAACUUGCAAAGAGCUAAGGCAGAAUACAGGAGGAAGAUUGAGGAGAAGGUGCUGAGGAAAGAGGAGGCACUGAAUAGAAGGAAAGAGGCAGAGGAAGCAAAGAAGAGAUACAAAGAAAAGAGGCUUUACAGGUUCAAGAAACUCAACCAAAAGACUAGAAAGGGUCAACCAUUAAUGCGAGGAAAGAUUGAGCUGAUCCUGGAGACACUGCAGCAAGCACCUGAUUCCUGAUUGGGAACAUCCACAUGAUUAAUGGUUUCCUUUUGUGUUUUGUCUCAACUUUGCAGUCUUGGCCCUAUCAGCCUCUAGUGAAAAGGGACGGUGUCAUGGACCACCAUACUACACUCCAGGAGCCUACGCACAGCAUAGUUGGUUACACACAAGUUUACCUGUACCCUUUGAUAAUUAGAACAGACAAGAGAAGAACACUACUUAUUGUAAACACAAACAAAGAAGUUUCUUCUAUGUGCAGUUGUGGAUGUGAGGAAAUAAAUUUCUUGAAAUUAAACUUUGUAACAGA